CUCAGUUUUGAGAGAAGAGUCGCACAGAGAUCAAAUUAAAAAAUUUCGUCAACGAUGCAUGCAUUUGUGAUCAGUGCGUUGUGGAAAGAGAAUGAAAGUCUUGUUUAUUAAGUUUAUUUUAUUACAAUUAUUCAUUGACUUUUCUGAAGAAUUCAGUUAUGAGCUUGAAAGUAGGCUCUUGUUUGAGCUUGAUAGUGGAUGUAAAAAUGUUGAUAUUCGAUUUGACUACCGGUAUUUUGAAAACUUAAAUAAUUGCAAAACAGUUCAUGGAUACUUGAGGAUUUCUGAUAUGGAUAUACCUUUAAAUAUUUCUUUAAGUUUUGAUCUAGUUGAAAUUACUGGAUAUAUGUUAAUUGAAAAUAUCAGUGGAUUAAAAACAUUAGGAACUUUAUUUCCAAAACUCUCAGUUUUGAGAGGAGAAAUUCUUCAUCAUGGCUUCGCAUUACUGAUAACAAAUAAUAAAGACCUUGAAAAUAUUGGCUUCAGUUUAAUGACAUAUAUUGGAAAUGGGAAUGUCCUCAUUCAAAAUAAUCCCAAAUUAUGUUAUAUAGAAAGUGUCGAUUGGAUGGAAUUGAGAAAAGGAUUGAAUGUCACUAAAGGGCAUUUUAGAAUAAUAAUCAAAACUGUAGUGAAUCAUGUAUAAAGUGCUGGGCUGAUGAUAUUCCACAGAAUAUUUGUGAAGAUUGUGAGUCAUGCUUAAUCAGUGAUCAAAGUAAAUGUUGUGAUCCUCAAUGCAUUGGAGGUUGCAGAAAUAGUUCAAUCGAUUGCAUAGCUUGUAAAAAUUAUAAACAUACAGUUGAAAAUGUUACAGCAUGUUCUGAAUAUGAGCCAUUAACUUUCAAACUAGAAAACUACUUCCUAAUUGAUGGAUUAACAUGUGAUGCUAUGGAUAGGAUUCAAUUGGAUGGUGAAUGUUUGAGAAAAGAUGAAUGUCCAAUUUAUGAAAAGCAUUUUCUUAUUGAUGAACAAUGCACGUUUUGUCAUAACUGUUCGAAAAGCUGUUCAAUCAAAUUAAAUAACAUUAAUGAUUUAAAGAACAUAUCAGAAUGCAACUUAGCAGAAACCUUUCAAAUUGAAAAUUUAGAAGAUAGUUUUGAUGAGGAUAUUAAGGAACUAUUGACUGACAAAUUUCAAACUAUUGCAGAAAUUGAAAGCUGCUUAAUCAUUAGAAAUUCAUCAGGAAUCACAAAUUUUAAUUUUUUAAAAAUGCUGAGAAGAAUUUCUGGAAAUAUUGAGGACCCAGAUUGUUUUAUCAAUGAAAUUCCAUAUUCUGUUAUUAUUGAAGACAAUGAUAAUCUACAAGAAGGGUUUCGUUAUGAUUUUGAAGUGAUUGUACGCAAUGGAGUGUAUAUAAGAAAUAAUAGGAAUCUUUGUCAAACUGAUGUUCGAACAUUAGCAAAGACAUUUAAAUCAUUCAACUUUGAUUCUUUCAACAGAUUACAAACAGAAGACUGCAAUCAUCCAAAGAUUAAUAUUCAAACGUUUUCUAAAGAUGAUUCCAUUUUAUUGUUGACGGAUUUAAUAAAAUCAAAAAACAAAAUUCAGAUUCGUUUUUGGGAAGAUGACAUUGAGGAAGUUACGGAAUUAAGUGAAAGUUUCUACGAGAUCGAUAACCUUGAGUCUAACAAGACGUAUCCUUUUAAAAUAGACAUAGUUGAUGAAGACGAUCAAAUUAAUUACAGCACAAAUUAUCAAUUCUUUCAAACGUCAAAAUUUGAUGAAAUAAUUACAAACUGGGAAUCAACAAGUACUUCAGAUAGCAUUACUAUUACUUGGGAAUCAGCAACAUCCUUUUCAAACUUUCAUGCUCAAAACAAAUUUGGAAACUUUUUCUACAUAACAUAUAAAAGCUUGAACACAAAAUUUUGCGAUGAUACAGCAUUCGAAGAAGUUUUAGAAAAUGAAUUGCAAGUAGAAAGCACACGAAAAUUUGGAAAUUACUUCUUUAACAAUCCAAUAAAUGAAAAUGCUGAUUUCAAGACUUUAGAUCAUAAAAUUGUAGAUGGAACAAAAAACUUUAUCAAUAUAACAGAUUUAGAGAAUUCAACUUGCUAUCGAUUCGACAUUUAUCCAUGCAGGCAAACGAACAUUUUAAUGUGCAACGCACAGGUUAUACAUUUGGAAGCAACUUUAACACCAACAACUCAAGAAGAAUCAAAAUCACCAUCAAACUUUAUUGGAUUUUCGAUAUUUGGGGUUUCAAUAAUUGUUUUAAUAAUCUUUUUGUUCUAUAAAUUUGGUCUAAGGCCAAUUAAGAAUUCCGAAACACACAUAGAGCUUGUGAAUCAAGGAGGCGUAAUUGAUGUUGAUCAGUGGGAGCUUGAAAGAGAACAUAUUGUUCAAAUAAAAGUUUUAGGAAGUGGCGAAUUUGGGGUUGUUUACAAAGGAUACAUAAGACCAAAUGAAGAAAAGUUUUAUGCCAUUAAGACUUUAGCACCAUUUAAAGAAGCUUUUGAGGACAAUUUCAAAAAGGAGGCACAAAUCAUGCGAAGAUUUAAUGCACCUCAUGUAGUAAAGCUGAUUGGAUACUGUACAAAAGAAAGGCCUUUGUUAGUGGUUAUGGAAUAUAUGAUGCAUGGUGAUUUAAAAAAGUUUUUGCAACGAAAUCGUCCAAUUGAGAUUCAUGACAAAAGUGAUGUUCCUACUCAAAAAGGAAGCUACACAACGGUUGCUAAAGCAGUUUUACAUCCAAUAAGACCUGUUCAUCAAAUGGCAAUUGAAAUAGCUGACGGAAUGCUAUAUCUUGAAGAUAUUAAGUUUAUUCACUGUGACUUGGCCUGUCGUAAUUUGAUGGUGAACGAGAACUAUACUAUUAAGAUAGGAGAUUUCGGAAUGGCAAGAGAACUUUAUCAUACAGAUUACUACAAACCAGGAAGUCGAAAUAAGAAAAUACCUUUAAGAUGGAUGGCUCCAGAAGCUUUGGGAACAGACGAGAUACUUCCACGAUACACAAGCAAAUCAGAUGUCUUUAGCUAUGGUAUCGUGCUUUUUGAACUUGUGACUUUCUGUGAUACACCAUAUGCAGGUUGUCUUGAUGAAGAAGUCAUAGUAUUUAUAAAAGCAGGAAGAAUAUUAGAUCAACCAAAAGAUUGUAACGAUAACAUUUACGAACUUAUGAAAAGAUGCUGGCGUUUUGAUCCAAAUGAAAGGAUUGAUUUUAGAGAAGUGAUUAAAUAUCUGCUUGACAAUUUUGACAUUCCAAACUUCAGUAAUUCAUCAUAUUAUCACACACAUGAAUUGGGUAAUGAGUAAGUUCCUUCUUCAUUUUGGUCUAAUGCCUCUUUUACGACAUCGAUUGCAACAACAUCCACAACACCAAACUGGCAAUAUCAGAGCCAUUAUUAAUACGAACAAUAGAAAGGAACAAACUAGGAACAAAGUAAGGAUUAGAAAUUUUAUUAUUUUACAAAUUAAAUUUAAAAUUACGUGUUGCGAUGUUGGCUGGAUUUUUAAUUUCUUCCUUGAAAUUUAUUAUAAAGUCGGGUGUCAUCUAUGACUUUUUGUUAAGCACUAACGAAUAAAUUGAGUUGUAUAGAUUAACAGUAUAUUUUGUUCUUCAUCAAAUAUUUAAAUAGGGCAAUGCAUGCAAUUAGAGAAAAGUGUGAAUGACUAAGGAUUUGAUUGGUUUAUUACUGUUAAUAUAUUGAUUUUCACAGAUAAUUGCUUCUUUAUGAAUGGCCAAUAGUUUAGCAAAACAUUAAACAACGCAAACAUAAUGUUGAGGUAUUAUCCGAAUAUUUACCUAAAGAUUAUCCCCCAUUUAUAAAUCAUGGCAGUGCUUUAAAUGAUUGAUGACAUCUGUAAAAUUUGAUUAUAAUAAUAUUAAUAUUAUCUUUAUUACAAACUAACACAAAAAUUAAUGGAUCUUGCACAUAAAACGCUUUUAUACAAUUUAAUCGAAUCUCCUUUUAUAAAAAGAAAUGAUCGUCAUAUUAGUUACAAAAAAAGACAUAAAAUUGGAAAUUAUCGAAUCAAAUUUUUUAAAAUAGAACAGAACAUUAAAAGUAAAAACGAAUUAGUUUCGUCGCUUAAUGGAUAUCUUUCCGCUACUUAAUUGAUGUAGGUAAAUACGGAAUUUGCUACCAUCAUUUGCUCUUUUAACCAUAAUCACUUCAUUUCCUACAAUGGCUGAAAUGUUUGCAGAAAAGCGUGAAACAUCAGUACCUUCAAUAUAAACGGCUUGUCCACGAUGAUACCAUCUUCGUUCAUACAGUAACUUUCCAUCUUCAAUUCUCGUCUCCACGGCAUGUCCAUCAAUAUUAUAGCCCAACAUUAUGUUGUUGCUAUUACCGACACUAUUGUUCAUCAAUGUCGAAUUUUGAGAGUAGUUUCUCAUACUGUUGUUGUUAUUACUAUUAUUAUUAUUAUUAAUUAUAGAUUUCCCUCUUGAUAUUAAUUUGAGAUCAUAUUCAAUUUCCUUAUCGUCAAGUUGAAACACCAGACUAGAAGCUGGGCCAUUACCCAUCUUACGUCUCUUUUCAGUAACAGGCACUGGAUCAUUUGGUCUUCUUCGAAGUUUACGAGUGAUUGUUUGCCUCAUCUCUCCAGAUUCAAUAAUUUCCAUACUUGUUCUUUCACUUUCAAUCAUCUUUUUCUUAUCCUCAAAAUCUGCUAAAAGAUUUUCCUUGAGAUCUGCUUUCUUCUCCUCAUAUUCUUUAACUGCUGCAUUCUUCUCAAGUAUAUAGUCUUUCUCAACACAUUCAAUUAAAUAGUCACGAUAAUAGCUGUUUAGUCUUAACCGAUCAUGAUAUUGACGUUCUAAUUGUUUUAAUCUACGAAUUAAUUCUGGAUGAGUUCCUGCUUGUACUUCCUCUAAUUGCUUUUUAAGAUUUGCCAGCUUAUCU